UAGGUGGCAGUGAUUAUGUGGAUGGAUGGUAAGUGCUGCUGUCCCACAUAUCGGGUGGAGGACAUGAGUGACUUCCUUGGCACACCCAGCUUUUGAGGACAUGCAGAAGGAAGCAGAUGGUUAUAUGGUCACAGCACUCAGUUGUGGCAUCAGAGCAGAAGUCCAAGGGCCUUCUCAGGAAAACAAGCAGGGCUGUUAAUCUAGAGACAUGAAUGUGGGCACGGCUCACAGUGAAGUGAACCCGAACACUCGGGUCAUGAACAGUCGGGGCAUUUGGCUCUCUUACGUCUUGGGAAUCGGCCUUCUACACGUCAUCCUCCUCAGCAUCCCCUUUUUCAGCGUCCCUGUGGUUUGGACUCUAACCAACAUCAUCCACAAUAUGAGCAUGUAUAUUUUCUUGCACACGGUCAAAGGGACGCCGUUUGAGACUCCUGAUCAGGGGAAAGCCCGGCAUCUCACCCAUUGGGAACAGAUGGAUUAUGGUGUCCAAUUCACAGCUUCCCGCAAAUUCCUGAUGAUCACACCAAUUAUACUUUAUUUCCUUACCAGUUUCUACACGAAAUAUGACCGGACUCACUUCAUCAUCAACACCAUCUCCUUGAUGAGCGUCUUGAUCCCCAAACUACCCCAGCUGCAUGGUGUCCGCAUCUUUGGGAUCAAUAAGUACUGAACUUGGGUAUAUAUUUUUUACAAUAUCCCUUCCUGUGAGCUGUGAGAGUCCUGUUUUAGGACCCCGCUUCCUUAUUUCUGGCUACAUCUUUGGGAUACAAAUCCAAGGUGGCUCUUUUCAAGCGGGCAUGUUCAACGCCGGAUUCCAAGAUCCAAGAAACCUGAACUAGCUCAAGCGAUGCCUGAAUCCUAGAUAGAGCUUAACUUGCCGAAAGACAUGGGGAAGCGAAGACUGAUAAGCAUUAUUACCGUAGUAUUUUUUUUCCUGAGAAUCUGAAAAUAGAUGCAGGCAGUCCUGCAGUUUGAAAGGUACUCAUAGUUUGUGCUCCGGGGGGAUUAAAGUCAUCCAGCCCAGAAAGUGGAACACAUGUAGAGAGUUAGGAGCUGUUACAAGGUGGCAUUUAGGAUGAUAGCCAAUGCACUUUAAGAUGAGACUGUCCCGUCUGGGGAAUUUAGACUUGUUUGUUGAAAGGGCUGCAUCAGAAAUUUUGCAAUACUCACUAGGAAUAAGGGAGAUAGAUAUCUGCAAGGUUGACAAACCCUAGUUGAUCAUUUAUUUACUCACUAGGCAAGUGGAAGAGAAUGCCAUCCCUUUUGUUUUCACUAAUAAAGCCCCACUGCUCCAAAUUGUCUUUUGAAAGCACAGUUUGACAGUCACAUGGCUGCUCUCUCAACUGCAGUAUCUUUCCUGACUCCAGAGACAACAGCAAAAUCACCAGUCUUUUGCUGUAGAUACAGAUGACUGACCAUGAUCUUGGACAGUAUUAUUUGUGAGAAAGGCCAAGGUGAGACCAAGAAACCCAGGCCUCUCUAGAAUACCCUUCCUUUUAGAGUGUCAACAAAUCAGUGUGUUUGAUUUAGUAGAAAACAUCCUGUAGAUUAUCCCCUGAUCAUUCAUUCAUGGCAGUACAGUGGUUCAAAAGGAUUUGACUCUGACUGCUUGAAUAUCCUUGACUCGUUCUUCCCAAAAUAAGUUGCACUACUGUGUCAGAAUACUUUCCUUUGCCCAACAUUAUCUAUUUACUACAUUCUUGUCCAGGAGCCAAUGGCUCCUUCUAUCAGCCAAUUUGUAGGUCUACAGUGGGGCUAAAUUUAACAAAAACAAGGAGGAUUCUCUUCCACAGCAAAUGCACCAUUUUCACUGGAGCUUUUUUAAUUAGGUUGGAAGAAGAAGAAAGCAAAAUGACGGCAACCCUGCAAACUAUGCUAUUCUAUGGCUUCUGUUGACAACAGUCUUUCAAGCAUGGACUUCAACCCAAGUAGCUGUCUAGACAUCUGGAAAUCCCUUUGAUAAGUUUUGGUUCUAAACUCCAUGGACUUAUAAGCUUGCAUCCUGUUGUGAAGGAUGUACGCCUUGUAAGAAAAGUGUGGAAAUACCCUGCACCCUUCACAGAAACGCACAAAAAGGUUAGCUAGGAGAAAAUUUUUGUAAUAGAUUUAAACAGGGCUAGAGCAUUUCCUGACAUCUGUUGGAGCUCCUAAAAAUUAGAAGCUGACGCUAGAACCUGCUUCCUUCUAUUGCUCUCUGGUGCAUACAAAUGUUGAUUUAGCCUUAGAGAAUGAAACAGUACAUAGCAGGGUACUGUACAGAAUGUCACUUCUCCUUUUGGAAGUUUCUAAGGGUGGUACAUGUCUUCCUGCUACCAAAUUUCGCACCGGAUACUCAAUUAAAUGUAAAAUAAGUUAUUAAACCUGUUCCAGGAAAGGGAAGCACUGCUGAACUAUUAUGGGGAAAUAAAUGUAUACUAUCGCAAGCAAUGUUUCAGGGGCAGUUCUUCAUAGUGCAGCAGGCAGAAAGGACAAAACAGGUCCGAAAAGCUGGGGGAGCUGAUAUAAUAGCUAGGAAAUGUUACUGUUUUGGACCGAAACCAUCCACUAGCCAUGCUACCUGGAGAGAUAUAGGAGAUGUGGUCUAAAAUACGUUGUUAAGAUUUGUUUAAGAGCUGCAUUGAAGCUCUUACUUGAGCAGAUCACUUGGGUGCUUGUUAGCUCCCACUAUCUCUUUUUGUGCCACAUUUGAAAUACUUGAUGAUUGCACAAGUAAGUUUAGAAAUCUAUGUUUGGCAAGUGAGUUAAUUUGAGGCGCAGUACAAAAAAGGAGUAGCCAUUAUCAGCCCUUACAAUUGUCAGGCAGUGAGGAAUUUCAGGAUUGGCCAAGCCAAGUAUAAAUACCAGGAGUAUAGGUCAUUCACCUUUCUUUGUUUCACACAGCAGGAAUGUUCUUGUUGCUGCACUCAAGGACUCCAAUAGAUGGGCUUGAUUGCAAUGACCAUCUCCUAUUGCUUCCUGUCCAGAUCUGGUCCUAGAUAAAGCCACCCAAGUGUGUGUUCUGGCCCUGCUGUCUCUUUGUUAUUGUAAUAUAAUAUUAAUAAGAACACUCACAAUUAUAAGUGUGAGCACUUGUGCUUAUGAAUUAGGAAGGCGAGAGUCAUUUUAAAUUUCCAAAAAGACAGUUUAUCGUGUUGAUGACAGGUUUUGCUCAGAACUUGACAUCUAAGCACAGAGAGGGAAGCAGGCUCUUCCCAUUAUAAUUCUUCUCUGAGAGAAGGAAGUGACUUUCCCAGCUCAGUACAGCUCUCUAUAAAGUGGCAAAGAGGAUUACCAUUGUAAGCUAGUCACCCACCUCACAGCACAAUGAAAAGUUCUGGGCUGCCAUUGACUUCAGUAGUGCCCGUGUUUCUACCCCUGUAUUAAGACAUCCGGGCAGCAGCAUAUUUUUAAUUAUUUAUAAAAGGGAACAUAACAAGAAUAGACAGCAGUGAAAUAUAAUGAGGAAGAGGCAGAGAUGUGUGUCAUCCACUGUCCCGUGUUUUAAAAAGCAAACUUUGAAAGUGUUAAUUUAUUUGUUGCAGGAUUUCUUUAUCUAAUGUAAGUGCUGUGCUUCAAUUAUUAUUCCUUCCUUCCUUGCGCUAGAGUUUUAAUUUUAUUUCUGUUGCCAUUCUUCAUUUUGCUGUAAAGAAACUGUUGUUCUGAUGUCAAAAUUAUAGUGGAAGGCUGUUGCCAACCUCCUGAGAUUCAGAAAGGUGGGUUGUGCAGUGCAACCAGCUGUACAGCACUAAAUGAUUUUAAGAAGCGAACGAACGCACAAUUUUUAAACACCAGCUCUUACUUUGAUGACAAAGCAAAAUGUGAGGAAGAAAUGUUCUGCUGAUUAAUGCUAUCCGUGGCUUGAAAAUGAAUAACGUAAAAGGGCUUGUAUAUUAACUUGUACUCUUCCAGCACAGAGGGCCAAAGCCUUAAACACAGCUUAAAGGUUGCUGUAACCAGGGCCGUAGCCAGAAAAAAAUUUCGGGAGGGGUUUUGAAAAUUUCGGGGAGGGGGGGGGUUGAACCCCUAGCACACACCUCUCCCCGCUACAAACCUGUCAAUAUCUGCUUGAAAUAGUGCCUGGAGGGACUCUUAAUGUUUUGCGUCUCAUAGACUUAGCAUGGGGAUUUGGUUAACCAGUUAAAAUUCAUGAGUAAACCAGGUUUUUUUUAUAACCUGAAAAAUUUCGGGGGGGGGGGUUGAACCCCUAAAACCGCUGUAACCGCCUGGCUGUAACAAAUCUGACAAAUGUUUAUUUUUUGAGGCUAUAAAUUGUUGCCUGGUGAAAAGGAAAAAAAAACAAGCUGAGGUUUACAGUAUUCACGUGAUUUCUUUGCAAGAUCCUUCUCUUAUUACCCAGCAGAGUCAGGUGGCUCUAGUAGCGGGGUGCCAAGGUGCUAAACCUAUUUAGGGAAUAGGUUUCAACUCCUUUAACAUUCACGCUAACAUCCAGAGUUGAUUCACCAUCUCAUCGGCAUCAUAACAACUAGCUCCCAUCGAUAUUGACACAUUUUCAUUCUUCCAUGUAAGGCAGUGGUUCCCAACCUUUGGGCCUCCAGGUGUUUUGGACUUCAGCUCCCACAGUUCCUAACAGCAGGUAAGCUGAUUGGUAUUUCUGGGAGUUGAAGUCCAAAACACCUGGAGGACCAAAGAACCACAGGUGUAACGGAAGGUAACUGUGACUCUUCAGAUAUUCUUGAAUUGCAUUUUCCCACUAUCUCUCAUGAUUAGAGAUAUUCCAGGUACCACUAAAACAUACUCCCCCCUUCCAAAUAAAGAUCUCUAAAAAUGGGAGGGGGGGUUAAAAUUGUGGGUGCUUUUAAUUUUUUUGGUGGUACUGGAAUUAGGGUGCUUUUACAAUCAAUGACAUCUUAGAAUCGAAGAAAUACCGUAGUCAUUAUCUAGAUUGAAGCCUAUUCUAACUAAACCAAGGUGCAUUGGGGCAUCAUACCCGGGUAUGCUCUGGAGAAUUGUGCAUGUCCAGGACAAAGUAGAGAACUUGUAGAUCUCCUAUUAAUAAUAAUUGCCAUCUUGCAUAAUGUGGGUCACUUGAUCUGGCAAGAUCAAGUAGGCAAGGGAAUGACUGAGUAGGCUGCAAAUGCAGAUUGAUGGCACUCCUUCAAAUAUGUGUUGCCUAAAGUGUGGAUCAACAAGUUAUAGUAGAAUAACUCAGUUGAUUCUCAGGGGAGUCAUUUGACUCAUGAAACCUCAAACGUCUCUCUUCUCAAUCUUGUUGCUUAUAAUACCUUCCUCUAACCAGAACAAUAGGACUUGUUUAGGAGGAAUUUCACCCUGCAGUACUACUGGUUUGAGUCUACUAGUAUUGGACCCAGGAAGGCACAGAGCUUUGAAAAGUGGAUUUUUAGACAACAGAAUUCGUCUAGCUUUACCAUACUUGUGUAGUAGCAGAGUAGACUCUUUGCAAUUGAUUAUACCCAAGGCUAGUUCACUGGUGGACCUCUUCAAUUGCCUAACUUCCUCCUGUGCUGAGAUGAUCGAAUCCACUUUGAUUAAGGUCACUAAGUUCCUUGUAGAAAUGUUCAAUUGUGGUAGCAAUAAGUUGAAGUGUGUAGGAGUAACUUAAUACAUCAGCUGCUCUGUGGCAUGCAUGCCUAUCUCACUGACUCUACUGGAGUUAUUUGGAAUGUCAGAGUUAUUUACUACACACUCUGGUUGUGUAGUUAAUUUAUCUGGCUCACAUUCACGUUAUCCUUUUUGGCAACAGCUGAAAAACGAUUUGAAUAGAAGUCAGCAAUACUCUUUUACUUGGCUGUUGGAGGGGCUGUUGGGGGAGUGUUACCCUCCACGUCCCUCGGAACAUUUCUUUCGUUCCUUGUUCAAUUAGCAAAGGAGUUCUCAUCAGCAACUUUAAAAUUUCCUAUACUCUUCAUAUCUAUGAUAGGGCUGCCGAGAAAGCAAUUUCACAAAGAGAAGAAGUUGUUAAAUGUUAAACGUUUAUUAAAAGUCUUAUCUGUUGGUGAGCAGGGCCGGAGCUCUGAGUCUUUGGUCUGAACUUCUGGACAUCACUAGAAACAAAAGUAUUUUCCUCUGCAGGAAGCUUUGUUGACUGUCAAAGAAAAGACUGGUGAAUUUAACUGACACUUUGACACCAUCAGUUGACUGAUGGGUCUAGAUUUCCUUUAGGAUUAAUGCUAUUUACACAUGGGUUUAAUUUUUUAAUAAAUCCAGCUAUUUUUAAAGUAAACUAAUAAGCCCUUUAAGAAGGCAGAGUAGUUGUGUUGGUAUCAGAAAUGGCAUUUUAUGACACGGGCUUGUUCUUUAAUUCUAUUGAAAUAACCUAUUGCAUUGAUUUGACAUUAUCUGUGAAAUAUAAUUUUUAGAAUAUAUGUGUGAAUGUCAUUUUCAUUGCGCUUUAUCUGUUGUAUAUGGAACAACUUUGUGUUGGACUAGAAUUGCAUUUCUGUUUAUUUCCCCCUCCCCUUUCAUUUCCAGAUUUGCUCUUCUUUUGUUGUGUACAAAUAAGACUGAAAAGAAGUAUUUCAUCUGGAGAACUUUCUAAGACAAAGUGUGAAUAUUAUUUUUAUGAGUCCUUUCUACAGUAUUCCAAAACAAACUAAUAAAUCAGUAUUCAUGUAA